AUGGCAGAAUCCAGUUCAUCACUGGAUCCAGACCGGUUGAGGUGUCCAAUUUGUCUGGAUCAAAUGAAGGUUCCAGUGACUACAGCCUGUGGACACAGUUACUGUAUGAGCUGCAUUAAGAGCUGUUGGGAUGAGGAAGAUCGUCGUGGAGUUUACAGCUGCCCCCAGUGCAGACAGACCUUCACACCCAGACCUGUUCUGUGCAGAAACACCAUGCUGGCUGAGGUGGUGGAGAAACUGAAGAAGACUCCUGCUGACCAAUAUGCUGGACCAGAAGAUGUGGAGUGUGACGUCUGUACUGGGAGAAAACGCAAAGCUGUAAAUUCCUGCCUGGUGUGUCAGGCAUCUUAUUGUGAAUCUCACCUCCAGCCUCACUAUGAGUCUCCAGCUUUUAAGAAGCACAAGCUGACUGAUGCCACUGGACAUCUGCAGGACAAGCUCUGUUCCCAGCAUGACAAACCCCUGGAGGUCUACUGCCGUACCGACCAGCAGUAUAUCUGUUAUCUCUGUAUGACGUAUGAACACAGAGGCCAUGAUACAAUCUCAGCUGCUACUCGACGGGAGGAGAUACAGUUACAGCUUGGGGUGAGACAGAGAAAAUUGCAGCAGAGCGAGAAGGAGCUGCAGGAGCUGACGAAGGUUGUGAACUCAGUCACCCUCUUUGUGCAGGAGGCAGAGGAGCACAGCGGGAGGGUCCUCACUGAGAUGAUCCAUUUAAUUGAAAGCAGAGACUCUGUGGUGAAAGGGCUGAUCCGAGAACAGGAGAAGGCUGUAUUAAAUCAAGUUAAUGGCCUGCAGGAACAACUGGAAGAGGAAAUCACAGAACUGAAGAGGAGAUGCACUGAGUUUGAAGGCCUCCUACAAAUAGAGGAUCCAAUCCAUUUUAUCCAGACCACAUCUGCCCCUCUGGAGUUUCCCACCUCUUCCAGGAUGAAUUUGAUUGUGGACGUGAGGAGUGCUGUCUCUGAGCUGAAAAGGACAUUGGAAGACGUUUUACAAGAAGUCGAUGAUCUACAGGUUGCAACACUUAGGUCAUUGAAAAAAAUCAUUAACCUACUGGAACCCACUCUCACCACGCGCACAGCUUUUGCCUGUCAGCUUACGUUGGACCCAGAUACAGCACAUAGAGACUUACGUCUGGAGAAGAUGGAGGUGGAAUUCUACGGGCAGCCCCAGCCAUACCCAGAUAGCCCACACAGAUUCAAAUGGUACUACCAAGUGCUGUGCAAGGAGGGCUUGUCAGGAUGCUGCUACUGGGAGGUUGAGCGGAGCAUGGACUAUGAGGUUCAUUUAGCGGUCUCGUACCGGGGGAUCGGUAGAAGUGGCUGGGGUAGAGACUGCUGUUUUGGAUAUAAUGAGUAUUCCUGGAGUUUGGUCUGCACUCCUUCUAGUUACUCCUUCAGGCAUGAUAAAACAGACACCAGUGUAUCUGGUCCCCCCUCCUCCAGGAUAGGAGUGUACCUGAACCACAAGGCAGGAAUUCUGUCCUUCUACAGCAUCUCUGACGCAAUGACCCUCCUGCACAGGGUCCAGACCACAUUCACUGAGCCCCUCUAUGCUGGGUUUGCUUUACCAUGGUUUUGGAGUAAAUUAAAAAUUUGUAAUAUUGGUAACAAGGAGAAACAAAAAAAAGAUGAAGAAAGAUAAGGUGCAUGUUACACACAAAUUCCAGAAAGUAAAGAAAGGAAAAUAAGACUAAUCACUCAAGGAAAUGCUAAGAUAUGAGCCUAAAUUUAAUCAGAAGAAGUGUACAAUCAUUACAUCACAAUCAGGAAAAGAAAACCGAUUAAUUGGACUUUUAAAUUCACACUUACAGGCUUGGCAUGAUGACUGCAGUAACAGAUAAAAAUACAUACACAGUAGGGUCCAAAUAGGAGGACAGUGAUAAAAUACCACAAUAGAGAAAUAUGUUACACAGGGGGGAAGCAAGGAAUUCUGGGGCUCCUCACAAAAUAGCACCUUGGGCUGCCUCGGCAACUGGG